UCACGCAUGCGCUAAAAGUUACAAGAUGGCGGAGAGUGCGCAACUGAAGCAAAUGGUGAUGAGCCUUCGUGUUUCAGAGCUACAAGUGUUACUCGGCUACGCAGGACGCAACAAACACGGUCGCAAACAUCAACUGUUGACCAAAGCCCUGCACCUCCUCAAGGCCGGCUGCAGCCCCGCUGUCCAGAUGAAGGUGAAGGAGCUGUAUAGACGCCGCUUCCCCGCCAAAAUGCUGUCUCCGGUGGAUCUGGCCCUGCCCAGUGUCCACUCCACCUCCAGCCUGCCCGGAGGCCUCACCUCGCUGGGGUUCGACAGCCACGGAUCCCCCUCGCCUGGCUCUCUGCUGGUGCCCAAACACGAGCUGGGCCUUCACCCCGUACACCCUGACGUGAAUCUCCAGAGGCUGCCCUUCUACGACAUGUUGGAUGAGCUCAUCAAACCCACCAGCCUGGCCUCAGACAACAGUCAGCGGUUUCAGGAGACGUGUUAUGCCUUUGCAUUGACGCCCCAGCAGGUCCAGCAGAUCAGCAGCUCCAUGGACAUCUCUGGGACCAAGUGUGACUUUGCGGUGCAGGUUCAGUUAAGGUUUUGUUUGUCAGAGACGAGCUGUGCCCAGGAAGACCAUUUCCCAUCCAACCUGUGUGUGAAAGUCAACAGCAAGCCCUGCAACCUCCCGAGCUACCUUCCUCCAACCAAAAACGGAGUGGAACCCAAACGGCCGAGUCGCCCCAUCAACAUCACGUCACUGGUCAGACUGUCCACCACAGUACCCAACACUAUCGUGGUGUCGUGGACCUCAGAGAUAGGCAGGAGUUUCUCCAUGGCAGUCUACCUGGCGAGACAGCAGACAUCCACAACCCUGCUACAGAGACUACGAGCCAAAGGCAUCCGCAACCCAGACCACUCCAGAGCUCUCAUCAAAGAGAAGUUAACAGCAGACCCUGACAGUGAGAUUGCGACCACCAGUCUACGAGUCUCUCUACUCUGUCCGCUGGGGAAGAUGCGUCUGAUGAUCCCGUGCAGAGCGUUGACGUGUUCGCACCUCCAGUGUUUCGACGCUACGCUGUACAUCCAGAUGAAUGAGAAGAAACCCACGUGGGUGUGUCCUGUCUGUGAUCAGAAGGCCCCCUACCAACACCUCAUCAUCGACGGGUUGUUCAUGGAGAUCCUGAACAGCUGUGAGGACUGUGAUGAGAUCCAGUUUAAAGAGGACGGGAACUGGUAUCCCAUGAGGUCGAAGAAGGAGGUCACAGAGGUGUCUGCUUCAUUCAACGGCGAUGACGAGUCGUGUCGGACAGUAGAAUCGGAGCCCCACAGGAACAGCUCAUCCCACAGCAGUACCAAUAAGGUGGUGGUGAUUGAUCUGACUCUGGACAGCUCUUCGGACGACGAUCUGGACGAUGAGCCUCCUCUCAAGAGACCCUGUCCCUCCUCCUCCUCCUUGUCGCCUGCCUCACCGCCUAUCAGCAAGGGAGUGUUGAACCUCCACAGCCAGGCGUCUCCGGUGGCCAGAGCUCCCAGCAUGCCUCCUGUUGAGACCAGCUAUAUCCCCCCUCCACCCCCCCUCAUACAGGACUACAGCCACUACUACCACACCCCCAAUGACCUGGACUUCUUCUCAUUCCUCCAGGGAGACAACCAUCAGCAUUACAACAUGGUGAUGGCCGCAGCUGCGGCGGCCUCCGCCUCCGAUGACCACGACUUGCUCCUGAACCGUUUCCUGCCCUAUAGCUCCUCCCAGAUGUUCCUGGACCAAUCAGGGACCCCCGGCAGUGUGAGCAGCGCCCUGGCAGCAGCCAAUGGGGGCAGCAACAGCGGUAGCAGCUCCAGUCUGGUGUCGUCAAGUAGUUUGAGAGAGAGGGAUAGGGAAAGGGACAGCAGGUCGAACGCAGCGGCGACAGUCAUAUAUGGCUCCAUACCAGACGUGAUCUCACUCGACUGAAGGGGAGGGGCUUCUGUCCGUACAGAACUGGGGGAAAAACAACUGGAGGGAGAAAAUAGAAACCGGAGUUUUGUUUUGUAAAUAGACAACUAAAGGGAAAGAAACAGUGCUUAUGUACAGAGAGGAAAAAAUAUCUAUUUUAAAUGUUGCCGUAAACAAAAUCCUGAUGAUGAUGAGUGACUUCAAUUGAUUAUUAUUAUUUUUUUCUUCUUCUGUGGAUUAUCGGAGCUUUUAAAAAAAAAAAAAAAACAGCCUCUUCACGGUCUCCCCGUUUUGAUUCGAUUAUAUAUGACCUUUUUUUGUACUUCGUUUUCACUGUUUUUAUUUCAAUGUUUCCCCCGUCAACGGCAUUAUUUCUUGUCUCAAAACGCGUGUUUUUACUGCGCUUCGGCGUGAAAAGAGAAUCAGUCCGGUUUUUUUCUGUUUUCGUCAUCACUGUGGAUUGUAUUUUCUGUCAAACAUUCUGUGGUCAAAUUCUAUUGUAUUUUAAUUAUUUUCAAGGUAUUAUUUAUGAUGCUUUUAAGUUAUGUUAGAUCAAUGUUUGCUGUUUUUAAAAGCAUUUCUUCGUCUUCUCCCUCCCCCCCACCCCACCUCCCUCUACAUGUUAUUGUUGUCGCUAGGAUUACACAGGCUAGCCUGGAUACCUAGUCUGUUUGUGCCAUUAUUCCACUCCUCGUCAUGACCAAACAAUAAGUGAUUGAGGAGUGGAAUGAUGGCACAAACUGACUGGCACCCAGGCUAUACACAGGCUGGUUAUAGAUCCACUACUGUGGUUGAGGAGUGGAAUGACGGCACAAACUGACUGGCACCCAGGCUAUACACAGGCUAGUUAUAGAUCCACUACUGUGGUUGAGGAGUGGAAUGAUGGCACAAACUGACUGGCACCCAGGCUAUACACAGGCUAGUUAUAGAUCCACUACUGUGGUUGAGGAGUGGAAUGAUGGCACAAACUGACUGGCACCCAGGCUAUACACGGGCUGGUUAUAUACUACUGUGGGUUGUCUGGUUUGUGCUCAUCUCUCAUCUCUAUUUAGCUGAGGAAACCUGAUUUUCCUGCCGAGUUCAUCUUGUAGUUGUUUUCACGUAAGAAAUACCAUGCUGUAUUGUCUGGUAAAAUUGAAAUAGCCGCUAUGUGUCCAUUUUGGGGGAUAAGGAAGACAUAAUAUGAUUUCAAUUCAGUUUAUUAUUAUAUUAAAUGGAAGCAUUUACCUUUUCAAUGCA